AUGAACGUGUCACUUGCAGAUGAGCUAGCCGAGCUGCUCGCCGGCCGGCUCGAGCUCUCCAACUUGGGCGGUGUGCUCUCCGUGAUGAUCGCCUCGUUGCUGCGAUCUCGGCGACGUUCGCGACGUCUCGUCGCCGCGACCGUUCUUCUGCUCGCAUUCCUCGCCGUCUGGUGCUCCCUCUCGUUGGCCUUGUUCUUUUUGAGUGACGUGGUGAGGAGAAGGGCACUAAAUGGCCGUAAAUGUGUGCGCCGAUUUCAGUACUUUGGACCCGACAAACAAGCGAUUCGGACACAGAAAACCGCUGCCAGAGGCAACUAUCACGUGGGUUUCGCGCCAUCUUUUGUGUACUAUCACAUCACUCCGUGGAGUAUUGUAGCUCCCCGGGUAAGUUGUGACUUCCACGAGCUACACUAGUCCUAGAAAUGAUGGUACAAAAAAGUGGUCAACUACAAAAAUAAAGUACGAGGUGUGUAGACUGCCCUCAAACUUUUCUAGAACGGGUGAAACUGUUUGAACCCUACAAUGUGUGUGUUUGCAGGUCGUAGUCGGUCACUACAACGGCAAUCUUCCCGAAGAUCGGAAGCGGAACCUCACUGCCGAAGAACUCAACGCCAACAACUAUUUUCCGCACGACGAGUGGGGCGAAGGCGGAGCAGCAGUGAGCCAGCUCACUCGAGAACAACAGAAACUAUCGGACGCGACGUUCGCAGUCAAUCAGUUCAAUUUGCUCGUCUCCGAUGGAAUCUCAGUGCGACGCGCCCUUCCGGACGUUCGAAAACCGACGUGUCGCAACUUGACCUAUCCUGGUAAGUUGGCAAAAAAGAGAUUGUAGAACUUUGAAGGAGUGUAAGAGCACACCAGAACCACUGUUUAUUAAAAACAAUGUAUCGCCGCGGCCGAUAGAGAUAGCAAAAAGUUGUCAACUGACAAAAUAUUUAUAAGGAAAGUGUGCACAUUUUAUCAGUUGAUCACUUUUUGAUAUCUCCACCCGCAGCUGAGAUAUAGCGUUUUGAAUGUGAGUAGCAGUGUCUACAAGAUAUUGUAUGGUUCAGCGGAUCUACCGACGACUUCUGUGAUAAUUGUCUAUCAUAACGAGGCCUACUCAACACUGUUGCGGACCGUUUGGAGUGUGAUCGAUCGAUCGCCAAAGGAAUUGAUAAAAGAGAUCAUUCUGGUGGAUGACUUUUCGGAGAGAGGUCCCGGAUUACUGUACUCCGUCCGUAUUCCGAUGUUUUCAGACUUUCUACGGUAUCCAGCGCUUGAUAACGCUCUGAAACCGCUUCCCGUGGACAUUAAGAUCAUUCGGUCGAAGGAAAGAGUCGGAUUGAUCCGAGCAAGAAUGAUGGGCGCGCAGGAAGCCAGAGGCGACGUGCUCACUUUCCUGGACUCGCACUGCGAAUGCACCAAAGGAUGGCUCGAACCCCUAUUGGCUCGGAUCCGGCUGGAUCGCAAGGCGGUCCCCUGUCCGAUCAUCGAUAUCAUCAACGAUAACACGUUCCAAUACCAGAAGGGAAUCGAGAUGUUCCGAGGCGGAUUCAACUGGAACCUGCAGUUCCGAUGGUACGCAAUGCCCUCCUCGUUGGCCAAGAGUCAUUUGGCCGAUCCGACGGGACCAAUUGAGAGUCCCACAAUGGCCGGCGGACUGUUUUCGAUCGAUCGCAAGUACUUUGAAGAGCUCGGAGAAUACGAUGCGGGCAUGGAUAUCUGGGGCGGAGAGAACUUGGAAAUGAGCUUCAGGGUUAGUUUCGCACAUUGCAAACUUCAAUUUACGCACCUUGUACUUUGUUUUUCACUUUUCCUAAAGCUACAAUAGCCCAGGGAAGUGCAGUGUCAAUGAUUUUGGCUACGGUUAACUUCAAUGAUCUACAGUAAUCUUAAGAGUGGUGGCACACGAAUAUUGUCAACUACAAACUUAAAGUUCACAUCUUGCACUAUAUUUCUCUAGUUGACCACUUUUUUGUAUCUCUACUCCCCGGAGUACUGUAGCUCUUGAAAGUUGCUUCUAUCAUUCUAUGCACCCUCGAAGCUUCGCUAUUGUAUAUCUCGAGAACCAAUGAUUAUUGGAAAUUGUUGUCAACAGCAAACUUGUUGCAAAUUGUAUGCUUAACAACUUUGUCAUUGACCACUUUGCUCCAACACUUUUCGUUUUCAAGUUAUGCCCUCGCAAGUGUUGUCCGUUGCAGAUCUGGCAAUGCGGCGGUCGGGUCGAGAUCCUUCCGUGUUCCCAUGUCGGCCACGUCUUCCGCAAGUCCUCACCGCACGAUUUUCCGGGAAAAUCGAGCGGAAAAGUGCUGAAUGCGAAUUUGUUGCGAGUGGCAGAGGUGUGGAUGGACGAGUGGAAGUUCUUUUUCUACAAGAUCGCGCCACGUGAGUCUCUCUCGACUAUCUAUUGUCAUUUUCUGAGAAAAGUGCAAACAAAUCCUUCCAGAAGCGUUCCGAAUGCGUCAAUCGAUCGACGUCUCCGAGCGAGUGGAGCUGCGCAAAAAGUUGCACUGCAAAAGUUUCAAGUGGUACCUGCAGACCGUCUUCAAAGAUCACUUUCUGCCGACGCCCGUCGAUCGAUUCGGAAGGGUAAGUGCCGCGAAUUUUUGAUGAUGACGUGGCAGCGAGGGUCCUCCGUUCGUCCUCCAGAUGACGUCAGCGGCCAACUCGUCCGUGUGUCUCGCGUGGGCCCUCCGAUCGUCCGGAAUCAAGGCGCCCGCGUCCGUCGAGUGCCUUCGAACGUUCCAGAAAUCACAGGUGAUUCUUCUAGAUCUCCACCUCCUCCCCCGAUUACUGCGUCGCAUUCCGACCCGGCGACACUGGGCCUAAAAAUCAGCGGCUGCUCGGCGCGCCGUGCACAAUGGGAUUCGAUGUGUGGCAGGUCCGGGUUCGCGCACACCCGAUCCUACGACAUUUCACACACACACACACACACACACCGCCCGCCUACCGUAACCGUUUUCAGCUUUGGCUCUACACCGGCGAUCGCCGCCUCCGAACCGACGAACAUUUGUGUGUUUCGGCCGUCCAACUACUCCACACCACCUCCGAAUAUCAGGUUCAACUCAAGGAAUGCGCUGGACUCGAGAACGAGUACUGGGAUUAUAAAGCUACAGUAAGACCUUCGGAAAAUGUGGAAUUUGAAUGGUAGCUUUGCUUUCAGAUCGGUCGAUUCAAGCACCGUCAAAGUGGACUUUGCCUCGCCUCUCCCGAUAUUUUCGAUCCGAGCAAGGAGGAAUUCAACCCGCCGAUUGUGGAGAGAUGUCGAUCGGAUGAGAAACAGGUUUGGCGCUGACAUCUCUUCAUGGACAAUAGCUCAUUUUUGUAGUUGAUCACUGUUUGGCCGGGAAUUUAGUUGAGCCUAGACUUCCAUGAGCUACAGUAGUGUUUGGAGAGCUUGUAUCGCAAAAGUGUCAAUUACAAAAUGAAAGAACAGGUCUAGAACUUUAUUUUUUCAGUUGACAACUUUUUCGUAGCACUUCUCUGAAGGCUACAGUAGCACAUGGAACUGCAGGGCAAAAGAUUUUGGCUAGUGUUAGCUUCGAUCAGCUACAGUAACCUUAGAAGUGGUGGCACAAAAAUAUUGUCAACUACAAACUGAAAGAUCACCUUUUGCACUAUAAUUUUUCAGUUGACCACUUUUUUGUAUCUUUUCUCCUUAGAGUACUGUAGCUCUUGGAAGUUAGGUAUAGUGUAGGGAAACUUCUAAGAGCUACAGUAGGCUUCGGAGUGAUGGCACAAAAAAGUUGUCAAUUAACAAAAUGAAGUACUAGUUGUGAACUUGAUUUUUGUUUCUGACCACCUUUUUGUAUCACCAUUCAAAAGCCCGCUGUAGCUCAUGGAAGUAGCCGCUCUUUAGAGAGUUACUGGAUCGAGUCGUAACUUCCAAGAGCUACAGUCGGCCAGAGAGUGAUGGUACAAAAAAGUUGCCAACUUCAAAAACACAGUACUAAAUGUCAAGAUUUUACAAAAAAAUUUGACGCUCAUUUCAGAAGUGGACAAUAUCCGAAAGUUCAUGGCUCCCGGAGCACCCGUCAUAA